AUGCUCUUACUGAUCCAUCUUAGGCUCAAGCCUGUGCCGGCAGUUGACCGCCAUCCUAAACGUCGUCGUUUUACUCGGAUCGAGUUUCGAUAUCGCUACUCUGCUGAAAUGGAAAAUUCUCUCCCGGAGAGGCUGAUCGGCGUCGAAGGUUACACGUGGACCGCCAGGUGGGACUCGCAGAACGGCGGGAGAGUCGAAGACUGUGUGGCGGGAGAAAUCUGGAAGGUGUUUGAUCUUACAAGCGCCGCUGGUGACGUCAGCGAAAGUGUUGAAGAAGUGCCAGAAGGAAGUUCCGUCUGUAACAGAAUGAUUUACAGUGCAUCCGACGAAGAUACCGUCCUUUAACUCCGUCACUUGGACGGCGGCGAGAGGCUUAUGGUGGCCGUUGUAGCUAACGAGACGCUCAAAGACGAAAAACUCGCGGACGAGAAGAGGAACGUCUUUACCGGGAGAGAGAACGUCGGAGACGGUGAUGUGUUUGGCGGAAGCAGCAACGAAUCCAACCCCUGCGUCGUUGCAGGUGAUGUAAAUGUGACCGGAGGGACUGGUGGAGAAACGGCCGGCUAAAGCAGGGAAGAGGGAGAGAGUGGAGGAGAGAGAACGGCGGAGAGAAGAGACAAGGUCGUCGAAGGAGAAGGAAGGAGGAGGGCGCUUGAGGAGCACGCCUUUCUGAAUGUAAUGGCAUGAGAGCAUAGGGAGAUCGGAGACGGAGAGACGGAGAUCGGAGACGGUGGACUUCUUUUCCGGAUACACAAUGCAUUUCGAAAUUUCUGUUACAGAAGAAGAAGGCAUAUUUUUUAUUUUUGAAACAAAACAAUAUUUAGAGGAUAUAUUGAAUUGGAAGUUAUGGGUGAUUGCCGUAUUGGUGAGGAGUAGAGUUAUGGGGGAAAGGGGGAUUUAUAUAGUGGUCGGAGCA